GACGUUAACAGGAGCACGUGGGUUUGUUAUUGCAGGAAGUGAAGAUGGCGGCUCAGUCGUUUCUUACAGAGUCUGUCGUCGGGUGGUCUAUUUUCACCAUUAUACUUUUGGUAAUUCUUGUGUUCUGUUGGAUCUACAUUCGGAAAUUUCAGAGUCGGCGGGAGAGUGAAGUUGUUUCAACUAUCACAGCAAUAUGUGCACUGGCUAUUGCUCUGAUAACAUCUGCACUUCUACCAGUGGACAUAUUUCUUGUUUCUUUCAUGAAGUAUCCCAAUGGUACCUAUAAGGAAUGGGCAGCAAACAAUGAAACAAGAGGUCAAAUUGAAGAUACUGUGCUGUAUGGAUAUUACACUCUUUAUUCCAUCAUACUAUUCUGUGUCUUCUUGUGGAUCCCCUUUGUUUACUUCUACUAUGAAGAAAGGGAUGACAACAAUGUGAACAAGUGCUCACAAGUGAAAAAUGCUCUGAAGUACACAAUUGGAUUCGUCAUUGUCUGCGUGGUACUUCUUUUAAUUGGAGCAUUUGUUCCACUUGCGGCUCCACCUGGUCAGAAUUCCACUCAGUGGGAGAAAGUACAGUACCUUUUCGAGGAACUUGGGAGUAGCCAUGGUCUUCCUGCUCUGUCUUUCUCCAUCAGCUCCUUGACCUUGAUUGGCAUGCUGGCAGUGAUCACUUACACGGCAUAUGGUAUGUCUGUUAUGCCUUUGAAUCUGAUAAAAGGCACACGGAGUGUUAAGUAUGAACGCCUGGAGAACACUGAGGACAUUGAUGAUGUUGAGCAUCAGAUCGAAAAGCUGAAAUCCAAGUGCAAAGAUGGACGUCCUCUGUCCUCAAGGGAUAGAAACAACCUGCAGGAGCUGGAGGGCAAACUGCAGGUCCUCCAGCGCAGGGGGAGACACCUGGAAAUUGCAGAGAGGAACUGCUGCACUAAAGUGGGCAGUGCUCUCAGACCUUUCAAGAUUUUACUAGGCGUUUUCUUUAUCCUGGUUGCGUUGCUGUUCACUAUUGCCCUCUUCAUUUCAAAUUUGGAUAAAGCUCUCCACUCAGCUGGCAUCAGCUCUGGGUUCAUAAUCUUUGGCACCAACCUAACCAAUCCCCUGAAUGAACUUCUCUUAGCCUUGCAACCUGUUUUUCCACUGGAUUAUAUCCUGAUCACAGUCAUCACCGUGUACUUUGUACUCACAUCCAUGGCCGGCAUUCGUAACAUGGGCAUCUGGUUCUUUUGGAUAAGGCUGUACAAAAUAAGACCCAAAAGAACUCGUCCCCAGGCUCUCCUUUUCCUCUGUAUGAUUCUUCUUUUGAUUGUCCUACACACCAGCUACAUGAUCUACAGUCUAGCCCCACAAUAUGUCAUGUAUGGCAGCCAGAAAUAUCUUGUACAGAUGCCGUCACCAGGUCCUACAUCUGGGAAUGCUACUGUUCACACCUCAAGGAUUUGUGAUGCAGAUGCGCCUGAGGAUCAGUGCACUGUGACAAGAUCCUAUCUUUUCCUCCACAAGUUUUGGUUCUUCAGCACCAUCUACUACUUUGGGAACUGGGCUUUUAUUGUAGCUUUCCUUAUUGGGCUGGUGGUGUCCUGCUGCAGAGGGAAGAAAUCUGUGAUUGAGGGAGAAGUGGAGGCCGAUGACUCAGACUUUAGUGAUGAUGAAUACCUGCACUGAAAAGAAAAAUCACUGUUCACUUGGAUAGGUUUAAAGAUAUGGUAACCAACAGUGAAAGGGACUAGAAAGCAUGGUUUCAUUAAGUAAUAAAUAAUGAUUUUUCUCAAAUUAUUUUUUUGGAUGUAUUGUAGUGCUGUCUCGUUGAUCCCAGCUUUGGUUGAAGCUGACACAUCCCUCUCCUUAAUGGGACUUCUCAGAUGGAUUAAUAUGCCUCAGUCAGUGUUAUUGAUGGCAUUGACUGAGAGUUUCCUCCAACUCAGUCCUACCUUAGAAUUAACUAUUAGACAAUUUGGAACUGAAACAAAUUGGUUCUUUUUUGGGAGACACAUUUGUAAGUGGCAGCAUAGAUGGUUAAAUGUUGCUCUAAAACAAUGUCUAGCUUUUAUUUGGGUAGAGCUCAGACGUAAAUAUGCUUUAUACUUUAUCUGUAUGCUUUCUAGACCCUUGAAAUGGUUUCUUUAUCUACAUAUUAUGUUGAACUUACACAAACUUUCUGAAAAGCUAAUUGGUACAAGACUAACGAUUUCCAAGUGUUGACAGCAGUAGCACUUUUUGUCAGUUUAUUUUGCUGAUUUUUAUCUGAGGUUAAAAAUAGUGCGAGUGGAUUUGCUGCAUUUCCACCUGCAUUCAGUUAUUGGCAGUCUGAGACCAUUAUACCUAAUGAAAUGUUACUCUGCUUGCAUAACUUUACUGUGUGUGUAAUAUAAAGGACCAGUUGUAUCUGCUGUGUUUUCAAGGGUUCAGUUAUUUGUGGUUUUUAAUUCUAUGGCUUCAGCACCAUUUUUCUCUUCGUUGGUAGAAAAGUAGGAAGAGAACUAGAAAAAAUAGAAAUAAAAAAUAUGGAUGUGAUUUUCUUUUUAAUUAAACACUACUUCUCAUUUUUGCCUGCGCUCUAGACUUUAUUAACCACAAAAGUGUGACAGAACUACUAACGGGCAUCUUUUAGACAUGCAUAUAAAAAUUAUUUUCUGUAUGUUUAUCUGUUUGUGUGAAAAUGGAGAAAAAAAUUUAAAUUUACUUACUGGAAACCAAAUGUUUGUGCCUCAUGAAUGUCUAGGACCAUGACGGGCACACACCUCUGUACAUACGACCCUAAAUUAGUCAUUCAGAAAUCAGCCGGAAUCUGAUGAGUUUUUUGCUUUGAGGGAAUGCAGUGUGAUGAUCUGUACUCGCUCACUGGUGGAAAAAUUGCUGUUGUGGAAGUUGUGUGAAUAUAUAAUGAUGCCUGUGUUUAAAGAAAUAAAAACCUUUUAAACACA